ACUAAUGCCAGUGUAAGCAGCCAUAACACGAAUGUGUGAAUUCAAUGUUGUUGACAUCGUUUUUGUUUUAAUCAUAAUAACACAACCUUCUUAUUCCACACAUUAUAAUUCUGUACAAAAUGGACACAGUAGAACCCGAUGCACAUUUAUUGGCUUUAAAAGUUAUGCGGUUAAUGCGACCGACUUUAGUUGAACUUGGGCCAGUUGUAAGUUGUGAACAUAAAGACUUGGUUCAACGCUUUUCUUCUAAACAUUAUGGUGAUGUAUUUUCUGGAAGCAUUUCUGAAACACUGUCGGCAGGUCAAGUGUUGUUGUUACCACAGUCAUUUGGAAACAUAUAUCUUGGUGAAACAUUCUCUAGUUAUAUUUGUGUUCACAACUGUUCUUCCCAAUCUGUUGAAUGUAUUAACGUUAAAACGGACCUGCAGUCAAACACUACGCGUAUAAAUUUAUCCUUGCAUGAAAAUAGCAAGUCUCCAAUAACUUUGGAACCUGGGGGCACUAUUGAUGAUGUUAUACGAUAUGAAGUAAAAGAGAUUGGAACACAUAUACUUGUUUGCGAGGUCAAUUAUAUGAGUCCAGCAGGAUACGCUCAAUCCUUAAGAAAGUUUUUCAAGUUUCAAGUCUUAAAACCACUUGACGUAAAAACGAAAUUUUAUAAUGCCGAAAUUGAAGAAAUAUAUUUAGAGGCUCAAAUACAAAAUGUUACCACCAGUCCGUUCUGUCUCGAGAAAGUGGAAUUGGAUAGCUCGGAAGAUUAUAUAGUAACACCAUUAAAUACAUUGCCUAAUGGAGAGUCUGUUUUUAAUACUAAGAACAUGUUACAACCUAACAACAGUUGUCAGUUUCUUUAUUGCAUUAAACCAAAACCACAUAUAGCUACAGACACACAUGUUCUUCGACAGUUGAGCAAUGUAGGCAAACUUGACAUCGUUUGGCGGUCAAAUCUCGGUGAGAAAGGACGAUUGCAAACCAGUCAAUUGCAGCGUUUGCCCUACGAAUGUAAGGAUCUACGGUUAGAAAUCCUAAAUGCUACAAAUACAGUAAAAAUUGGAACAAUAUUUACCUUUAACUGUCGAGUGACAAAUACAUCCGAGCAGACAAUGAAAUUGCACGUUCGACUAGAUACUAAGUUAUCUCCGGAGUGUCAAUAUACAGGGUGUGCUGAUUUCAUGCUGGAUAAAGUGAACGCUGGAGAAAAUGCAGAGUUUCCACUAUCGGUUUCCCCAUCGAAGUUAGGCCUUAUUAAAAUUUGCAACCUAUUACUGAUUGACACCGAAAAAAAUGAACAUUACACAAUAGAAAAAGUAGUAGAAGUUUUCGUAGUAGAUGCAGAUUACAACAAAGAUCACAAAAUCUUUCAAAAUAGAUUAAUUCGUUAUGAAAAGCCCACGGAUCUUAUAAUACAGUCUCCGGUUCAAUUGCAGGUGGUAUAAAUUGUCAGCUAAGUGUAUAAUAUCACAAGAAUGCCAUUAAUAGUCUCUUUCUAAUUCUUUCAUCAUUGCUUUCAUAACUUAAAGCUCUAAAUCUUCUUACACUCGUGCAAUAAAAAUGCAAAAUGUGUAUUAUUUUUGUUUGGUUACGCAGCCAAAUAUUAGCACUCAUACACAAAAGGAAUGGAUGAAAUUUAGGUCCGAAUUCAAACUAAGUAGGACAUGCUUCCUAGCGAGGACCUGGAAAUAUAGUAGAUAGUAUUCGCAGACGUAUUCAGAGUGUGAGAAAAGGGACUAAGAAACUUUGCAUAACAUUAAAAACAUUUUAUUAAUUUUAAGAGAAGGAACGUUGUGACGCGCUCCUAUAGUCACGCCUUUAAAUAGAGUCGCUAUUUGUCAUUCUUGAAACGCUGUAACUUCUUGCUUCUUUCUGACAUAAGAGUAACAUAGAUCACUAGGGGGCAACCCCCCACAGUGAAAGGAGUUCAAAAACAUAUGUAUAUAGAUGUCUUAAGCAUACUGAUAA